CUUCGCCCCCAACGAAGGUAUGUUGCUACCGCUGUUUUUCUUGGGGCCUAAAAUCGAAGUCUCGUUAGGGGAAUUCGGAACCUUCGGCAGCCUCUCUUCCCUCCGGCGAACGUUCACUGUGCUUAGGGUAGAAUAGGCGCAUCAACUCUCUUCUUCAUCUGCAUCGCCAAGCUACCCUUUGCUCAGCCGAUUCCCUUGCUAUUGGGUUCACCUGCAAGUAAUCCUCGCGCGCUGAUCUCUUCUCGCUAUCAGAAGACUGCGAUUGAAUUGUGAUGCCUUAUCUGAGAAAGGUCAAGGUGAGCGUCAUAAAGAAAACGUGUAAAUGUUAACCACAGAGUAAACACCUUGACUCUCCCAACCACACGCGAUCUGCUUGUCAAGUAUGCACUGAGGAUGGCAAUCACUUCCUACUCUAGGAAGAAUAUGAAACAUAGAAAAGAGGGAAAAACUUUGUCCCAAGAAACAAAGGUAGCAGUGAUCAAAGGUGCAGAACCUGGGCCACCUUAUACAACUGGAGAAAAUCUUAUUACAAAUGCAGGAAAAAUGGUCCUGUUAGAUAAGCUGUUGCCUAAACUGAAGGAACGAGAUUCCAGAGUUCUAAUAUUUUCACAGAUGACUAGACUUCUGGACAUACUGGAAGAUUACUUGCUAUAUCGUGGUUACCAAUAUUGCCGGAUUGAUGGGAAUACUGGGGGAGAAGAACGGGAUGCUUCCAUUGAAACAUUUAAUCAACCUGGAAGCCAAAAGUUCAUUUUCUUACUUUCUACAAGAGCUGGUGGAUUGGGAAUUAAUCUUGCUACAGCUGAUGUUGUCAUUCUCUAUGAUAGUGACGGGAAUCCACAAGUUGAUUUGCAAGCACAGGAUCAUGCUCAUAGAAUUGGGCAAAAGAAAGAAGUUCAAGUGUUCCGUUUCUGUACUGAGUUUGCAAUUGAGGAGAAAGUGAUAGAGAGAGCAUACAAGAAGCUUGCACUUGAUGCCUUGGUUAUUCAACAAGGACGAUUAGCAGAACAGAAAACUGUUAAUAAAGAUGAACUUCUACAAAUGGUUAGAUUUGGUGCUGAAAUGGUUUUUAGCUCCAAGGACAAUACAAUAACUGAUGAGGAUAUCGAUCGUAUCAUAGCUAAAGGAGAAGAAGCGACUGCAGAACUUGAUGUGAAAAUGAAAAAGUUUACAGAGGAUGCGAUAAAGUUUAAGAUGGAUGACAGUAUGUUGAUUCCUUUCUGAUAGCAAUUCCUAGAUAUUUCCUUGGAUGACUUAUGUAAUUUCUGUUUUUUGUUACAGUUGCUGACUUGUUACG